CCCGGUCCUGCUGCCACCUGCCAUGACGUCCCGGUGCCAGGAUCACCCGGGCCCCACAUAUGUAGGCCUCUGGGACUUCAGGGCCCGGACAGAGGACGAGCUGAGCUUCCAGGCGGGAGACCUGUUCCACGUGACCAGGAAGGAGGAGCAGUGGUGGUGGGCCACGUUGCUGGAUGCGGCAGGCGCGACCCUGGCUGAGGGCUAUGUGCCCUACAACUACCUGGCGGAGCAGGAGACGGUGGAGUCAGAGCCGUGGUUCUUCGGCCGCAUCUCGCGCUCCGAGGCCCUGCAUCGGCUGCAGGCUACGGGCAACGCCACAGGCGCCUUCCUGAUCAGGGUCAGCGAGAAGCCAGGUGCUGACUAUGUUCUCUCCGUGCGGGAUGCGCAGGCUGUGCGGCACUACAAGAUCUGGCGGCGAGCUGGGAGCCUGCACCUGAACGAGGCGGUGUCCUUCCCUGGCCUGGCAGAGCUGGUAGACUACCACAGGGCCCAGAGCCUGUCCCCUGGCCUGCGGCUGACCACACCCUGCAGGAAGCACGAGCCUGAGCCCCUGCCCCACUGGGACGACUGGGAGAGGCCAAGGGAGGAGUUCUCACUCUGCAGGAAGCUGGGGUCCGGCUACUUCGGAGAGGUCUUCGAGGGGCUCUGGAAAGAUCAGGUCCAAGUAGCCAUCAAGGUGAUUUCACGAGACAACCUCCUGCACCAGCAGACAUUCCAGUCAGAGAUUCAGGCCAUGAAGAGGCUGCAGCACAAACACAUCCUGGCACUGUAUGCAGUGGUGUCUGUGGGGGACCCCGUGUACAUCAUCACAGAGCUCAUGCCCAGGGGGAGCCUGCUGGAGCUGCUGCGGGAUACUGACGAGAAGGCCCUGCCGGUCUCGGAGCUGGUGGACACCGCGGCGCAGGUGGCCGAGGGCAUGUGCUACCUGGAGUCCCAGAACUACAUCCACCGGGACCUGGCAGCUAGGAAUAUCCUUGUAGGGGAGAACAACAUCUGCAAAGUUGGGGACUUCGGGCUGGCCCGGCUCAUCAAGGAGGAUGUCUACCUCUCCCAUAACCACAACAUCCCCUACAAGUGGACAGCACCUGAGGCUCUCUCCCGAGGACACUACUCCACCAAGUCUGACGUCUGGUCCUUUGGCAUCCUCCUCCAUGAGAUCUUCAGCAAGGGGCAGAUGCCCUAUCCAGGUAUGUCCAACCAUGAGGUCUUCCAGAGGGUGGACGCCGGCUACCGCAUGCCCUGUCCCCCAGAGUGCCCGCCCAGUGUGUACACACUCAUGCUCUUGUGCUGGCGCAGGGCCCCCGAGCAGAGGCCAGGCUUCAGUGCCCUGCUUGAGAGGCUGGCCACCGUCACUAGGUAUGAGAAUCCCAUCUGA